AUGAAGGCCGUAGCAACCCAACCAGUCCACCGCCCAUUGCUGUUUUGCCGCCGUUUCCUCGUGUUUACCGUCGUCCUCUCCCUGACGGUGCUGACUUGCAUCUCUCCUUCCUACAACGCCUUUGAUCUUGUCCCCGCGCUCAGGACGGCAACGAGCAGAGACAAAGGAAUUAAAAUUCGGGCGCUUCCUCCUCCUUCGCCGGCACCCCCGUUCCUCUCACAGCCAUCCCUUCUCCUUCGCUUCGCCACUCCAUCCUCCCCUCCCUCUCCUCCCUCCCCCCACGAAGCGAAACGCCGCCGUCGAGCCAUGGCCCGUCAGAGGCGACGGAGACGGCACGCGGAGGAAAGAGCGGCGUUCCAGAACCAAACCUUGCAUGCUCCCGGUCUCGUCCCCUCGCAGGUAGCUACCUUCCCUUGCCCUCCCAACUCAUCGCAUGGCUGUGAAGCGUCCCGCCUUCGGCCUUCACCCUCCAUCCCCACGGGUGCCUACUCUGUUCGUGCGUCCCCGUCCCGUCGCAUUUCUCUGUACACCCUCGCCAUUGGCUCCUCGCUCCCGGUCUCUCACCUCCCCCCUUUGACCACCCGCUCCCUCCCACGCCACUUUUCUCGCCACUCUCCGCAGGUGUACCUCUCCCCUCGCCACAAAAAGCGGCCUCCCUUCCCUGAUCUUUCCACGACCCCGACCUCCUCCUCUUCCUCCCCCUCUUCCUCCGAGGAGGACGCCCAGGACCUGAUCGUCCUCGAAGUGCCUGCC